AUGGUUCAAGCUUCUGAAGUUCUCUCUCGCAAGACUGGCGUGAUCGUCGGCGACGACGUCUACGCUCUGUUCAAGCACGCCCAGUCGGAAGGCUACGCCAUCCCAGCCAUCAAUGUUACCUCUUCUUCGACCGUCGUUGCAUCUCUCGAGGCUGCCCGGGAUUCCAAGUCGCCCAUUAUGUUAGGCGGAGCUGCUUACUUUGCGGGUAAGGGCGUAGACAACAAGGAUCAAUCUGCUAGUAUUCAGGGAGCCAUUGCGGGUGCCCACUACAUUCGCGCCAUUGCGCCUGCUUACGGGAUUCCUGUAAUCCUACACACAGAUCAUUGCGCCAAGAAGCUCCUCCCCUGGUUGGACGGCAUGAUGGACGCAGACGAGGCGUAUUUCAAGGAGAAGGGCGAGCCUCUGUUCUCCAGCCACAUGAUCGAUCUCUCCGAAGAGCCAAAGGAGUGGAAUAUCGCGACCACGAAGAAGUACCUCCAGCGAGCUGCGCCUAUGAAGCAGCUGAUCGAGAUGGAGAUCGGCAUCACCGGUGGUGAAGAGGACGGCGUGAACAAUGAGAGCGUUGACAACAACUCACUCUACACUCAGCCAGAGGAUAUCUUUGAGAUUUACAAGGAGCUUUCAGCUGUUUCGCCUCUGUUCUCCAUCGCCGCAGGCUUUGGAAACGACCACUUCCACACACAUUCAACAGCAUUAUUAUACAUUACUGACGCUUUAUCAACAGUACAUGGCGUGUAUAAGCCGGGCAAUCACCAGCAAUACGUCAAGGACCAGACCAAGUCCAAAGAUGACAAGCCAGUCUUCCUCGUCUUCCACGGCGGCAGCGGUAGCUCUGUCGACGAGUUCCGUCAGGCUAUCUCCUACGGUGUGGUGAAGGUGAACCUAGACACUGAUAUGCAAUGGGCAUACCUUUCCGGAAUCCGGGACUACAUCCAAUCCAAGUCCGGCUACCUCCAGACACAAGUCGGCAACCCCGAUGGCGAAGACAAGCCCAACAAGAAGUACUACGACCCUCGUGUCUGGGUUCGUGAGGGCGAGAAGACUAUGUCACAGCGCAUCAAGACUGCUCUUGAGGACUUCCACGCCGCCGGCAAGGCCUAAGAAGCCUCUGAAGUGCUUGGCUCGACAUUGAAACCGAUCACUGAGGGAAGGCGUUUGCGGAUGUAUAUGAGACAACGACGAGCAUUGGUUUGGAGAGAUGGUGUCCCUGUGAUGAGAUUGGCAAGUGUAUCAUGUAUAUGAGUCUUGGAAUUCCUAAGAUCAUAGGGGAACACAAACACAAAUAAUGAAUAAAAUUCUCCAACAUCCUCUCAGAUGA